UAAGGGUGUAAAUGAAUAAAUAAAAAACAAUUGAGGGGUUGUUUGUAUACAUUAUUGUAUUUUAGUGGAAACGUGGAAUAUGACAAAUAUUUUCGAUUGACCCAAAGAAAAAGCUUUUGGAAGUCGUCCACUAUCUCGAUGAACUGGGCACAGAGUUACAGUGUGAGGCCACAGAAAUCUUUUCCUCCUCUUCCAGACUCAGAACAAGGACAAAAAUCACCACCUUCUCAGCUUCGCCUUCUUCUUCUUUCCUCUUGGUUUAGUGCCUUUUCUGCUCUAUGGCCAACCAGGGCAUUCACUUAUUAAAGCUAGCAGAAGAAAGAGCAUCGGCAAGGAAGAAGUUAGAGGAUCAUAAGAGAAAGCUAGAAGAGAGUCUAAUCCCCUACAUUCCUAACGAGUGCAUUUCACAGAUACUUGUUCGACUUCCUCUUGAAUCACUAACAAAAACAAGGUUGGUCUGUAAGGCAUGGUACCGGAUUGUCAAGAGUCCUAUAUUUGCUAAAGAUUAUUUGGAACGUUCUGAAAGCAGCUUAAUUUUUCUGGUUCCAGUAAAAAGGGAACUUUAUUUUCCUUUCUUCGAACGUAAAAUUCCAGAAAAAACAAAUGCUUUCUCUGUUGAAUCUAAGCUUUUCCGGUUGCAAUCAGUGCCAGUAUUGCAGCAACCUUCUAUUGACCCAACCUCAUUGCUUCACCUCCACUUCAUGGAAUCUCGAGAUGGCAUGGUUAAGACCAAGGAGUAUAAUGCAACUUGUCUGGGAAGAAUCAGAGCAUGUUGUGGAGGAUUUAUCUUAGUUGAUAAUAAAAUGAAAAGAGGAGGCUUAAUAGUCUUGAAUCCUGUUACUAGGGAGUUGUUAGCACUUCCUGUAGGUACUAUAUUUCCUCCUCAUUGUGAAUCAUAUGGACUUGCCUAUUGCCCUUCCAACAAUCAAUUCAAACUGGUUCAUUUGUUUCGGGAUGAGCUGCAAUAUUUUGGCUGCGAAAUCUUGACCCUUGGAGACAAAUCAUGGAGAAUGGUUGAUGGACCUGCAUUUGGCCUUUUUGGCUGGUGCGGGUAUGAUCCAGUUGUUGCCAUCGGGGCUAUUCAUUGGGUUCCGUUUGUUGAUCAUAGUGAGUACAUUGUAUCAAUGACAGCAAAUGAUGAGAAAUUUCAGCAGAUAUUUCUCCCCACAGGUUGUAGAACUUCUGAUAGGAUUGUGGAAAUUCGUGGGCAACUUGGGUUUGUGUGUCAUGAAGAAGAAUCAAAGCAAAUUGAUGUGUGGUGCUUGAAGGGCUUAUCCGGUGAAGUUUGGCGGAAGCAGUACACAAUUCCAGUGGGUGGCAUACGUGGACUGGUUCCUCUUUACUUUACCAGGAUCAGCGGCGAAAUGAUUUUCAGGUGUAAAUUUGGCCAUCUAUAUUCUUACAACUGCUCUUUGCAGAGUAUGCAUAAGUUGGAAAUUCAGGCUGAAGAUAUAUCCCGAAAUGUCUGCUGUUUUCCGCAUGUUAACAGUCUUCUCUCAUUGAAGGUAAAUGACCAAGAUAUGUUUUGAUUAGCAUGCUCUGGUGCAUUUGAAUGAGGACUUCACUCCAAUCUCUGGAGCAAUGUGUAUAACUUCUAUCGCUUGCGUGCUUAACUCGAAAUCCUGUGUAUACGUCUCUCAGCUUUGUUCUUAAUCUGAACUCUGAAUCAUGUGUAUAAGGUUUGUUCUUCCCUCCGAACCAUAUCAGGCUUUCGGUCAUGUACUCGAUGUUAUGUUAUUGCUAUUGUUUUUCUGUGUUGUUCACUGUACUCAUUUCAUGUAUACUUUGUGGAGCAAUGUAUAUAUGCUUUUAGAUACAUGGCACCUGAAGGAGCUUGAUUUAAGACUGUUAAUGUACAGAAAUGCAUCACAGUUCAAUUUUUUCUUUUUUUCUUUUUUUUUUUUAAGUAGAAAAAGAAUA